AUGAAGAAAAUUAUUUAAUAAGUCCUAUGACCACAACAAAUAAAAGGACAUACUCCGCUUCACCUAGGAACAGUUUAUCAGUAGAAACACCACCGUCUCAAAGAACACCCCAAAAUGCAACCAUAUCUAAAAAAACUCCAGACACUGUUGUGAAUACAAAGAAAUUAAGUUCAGGGUCAUCUAUAGUGGAUGACAUUGAAGAUGAACCAGAUAGCCCAAGUGCAAGUGUAAACGGGUCUUUGAAAAAGAAACAGAAUAUGCGGUUGAGCAAGAGACUUUCUGUCAGUAAAUCUCUAAAGACACUGCCUUCUAUGACGAAGAUACAGGCUUUACAUGCAGAGCAACGGGAAUCCAAACCAACUAGAGCAAGAACUCGACUGAGAUUGAAAAAGAAAGAACAGAAACCAGAAGAUACGGAAAGUGGUCAGGAGACAGCCUCAUCUGUUACAUCAGAUGAUCAAAUGGAGACUGAUAGCCAGGAAGAGGAAAAAACAUCCAGCUCUCCACAGAAAACAAGGAAGACCAGAAGUCUAACUAGGAAAGAGGAGAAUGAUAAACAGAUGUCUCGUAACUCUAGUCAGUCAAGGAAACAUGAGUCUUCAGAAUCUGACGACAACACAGAGCCUGAAGAGCCAAUGCAAACACCACCUAAGGUUGUUAGGUCUACAAGAACAAAAACCCGACAGGCCCAAAAUCAACAGGUUGAUAUAGUGUCUAGUAAAGAUUCAGAUUCACCAAUUCCAGGUUUAGGAGGCAGUUCAAGUUCUGUGGAUGGUGAUGGGACACCACGUGUAACCAGAUCUAAGAUCCGUAAGCCUAAAGAGCAGAUGGAGGUGACGGGGUCAGAUAGUGCUAUGGCUAGUCCAGCAGUUACUAGGGUCACACGAACAAAGACUCGUAAACGUCAGCAUGAAGAAGAGUCCGAAGCAGAACAGAGUCGACCUAAACGUUCAUGCACAUCUAAUUCUUCAGUUGAUACCGGGCAUAAUAAAAUGUCAGCUGAUGAGCAGUCAAGUGAAGAUGAAGUUACCUCUCCUGUAUGCCCGUCAAACAAGGUUGUUCGCCCAGUACCAUCUUUCCUGAACUCUUUGAACAAGAACUCACACAAUCCGAUUCGGCCAGCCAACUUAAACACUGGUGGUUUAGUGAAAUCAUUCCUAGUAAGAAAUAGUCCAGCGCCUAAACCCACACUUUCAGAGAUUCAGGCAAAGAGAAAACAAGAACUUGCAGAGAAAGAAAGAAAAGAAAGGGAACGAUUAAAGAAACGAGAAGAGGAGCAAAGCAGGAAAAUGGAAGAAAUGAGAAAAAAGCGUGAGGAGAAAAUGAAGAAAGUACAAGAAAUGCGAGAGCAGCGACAGCGUCAAGAGAAAGAAAACCGUAUGCAGAUUGAGCGACGUCUGAUGGAAAAACGUCAGCAGACGCAAAAACUACGUGAAGAGAAGAUCAAGGAAGAUAAAGAAAAACAAAAAAUGAGAUUACAAAAGAUGGAGGAGGCUGAAGAGAGACGAAAACAAGAUGAAGAAGAAAGACAGAAGAAGCUUCAUGAGCAGAUAGAGCAGGAGAAAUUUCAUGAAGAGAUGUUGCAGAGAAAGAAGGAGUUUGAGGAACAGGAGAGACAGCAGAAGAUAGAAGAGGAAAAGAAGCGAGCCGCUGAACGACAACUGGAGGCCGAGAAAGAACGAGAGAAGGAAAAACUUCGUCUCUUGAAGAUUGAAGAGGAGAAAAAGAAAGAGUGGCAAAAGAAAAAAGAAGAAAGGGAAAGACUGGCUGCACAAGAACGGGCAGAAAAAGAGAAACUUGACUUGGAGAAGAAGAAAGAACGGGAAAUACAGCUGAAAAAAGAAAUGGAGAAAAUACGAGAACAGGAGAGGAUUCGAUUGGCAGAACAGGAGAGAAUCAAGGCCCAACAGCGUAAACAAGACGAGGAGAUCAAGAAGAUGGUUCAUAAACACAAUGCACAAGUACAGCAGGGUAAACUGCCAAAACCUAAUAUGAACAAAACGCACUCUCUCGAGGAAGCCACUGUCCAGCAAAACUCCAGCGUUAACAAUGACUCGUAUGAAAUGACACCAAAGAGGGUACCAAUGGCAUCCACGACAGAGAAUUACGGUAUCGAUGAUCUCAACUCUGGUGAUGAAACUGAUGAUGAUGAAUGUCCAAGAAAGAAAAUACCAGACUGGGCUCAGGGCUCUCAGUUGAAGACAUUGUUGAUAAAGCAACAUUAUCAUCCGCCAAAUCUGGACGAUCUUUUUGAUGUGAUAGAAGCACCAGAUCUUAACGUUCUUUUUGAGAAAAAGAAGGCACGUUUUAAUAAGAGAACAAGCUCCGCCCACUGGGAUUCUCCAAUUCUUAAACCUGGUUUGUUGGGACGAGUGUGAGAGAAUGUUAGAGACAAAAAGUAAAAGAGUAAAAUGACGAAACUUCUGUGGAAGUAAGAAAAACAAUCUUGUCACAUUGUGGGGGACAUAAAUUGAAAGUGAUUAUAAUAUUUAAACCAAGAAUUGUGUUAUUAUGAUAGACGACAGAAUUCUGUUUGGUUCAAGGAAAAAUGGAAGUAAUAACGAAUAUUGGUAAGUUACGGCACCUUGUUAUAUGGCUAUAUAUAGUGCACAUGAAAUGGAAGAAAAAAGCAUUGAUGAACAAGAAGUGCCAGUGUAGAAUGAAAUGAUAUUAUAUACAGACUUCCUAGAGUGAAAUAUGACGGUAGAGGAAAGUGCUAUUGAGUGAAGGAAAAAAAAUUGAGAGUGAAGAAUUGAUGCGUGCAGAAGCAAAAGUAUCCUGUGAGUUGUAUCUAUGUGUUAAUACUGUAAGUGAAAACUGCUGAGUGCGAUAACUUCAAAUUUAUGUGUUAUGAACAUUUUUUCUGUGAAAAUUUCAUUGCUUUUAACUUUGAAAAUAUAUUUUUGCAACAUAAUUGUGUUAAAAAGUAAUUUACCAUUGUAUACAAAUUUUGUUUUUAUACUGGAAUUUUUUUUAAACUCUUAAAUUGUAAAUAAAACUAUUAAAACAUUAAAUGAUUAUCCCCCUUGCCUUUUUAUACAACAAUAUUUUUUCAGUUAUUUAAUGACAAGUCUUACAUGCAAUAAUGUACACCAGUUCUUUGAGAAUAUUCAAUCUAUAUUAAGAAAAGAAAGAAAGAAAUUUUUAUCUAAGAAAAAUAUAAGAUUUUUGUUUUAUUCAAAUGAGCCGCGUCACGACAAAACCAACAUAGUGCGUUUGCGACCAGCAUGGAUCCUGAUCAGACUGCGCGAUUGCGCAGGCUGGUCUGGAUCCAUGCUGGUCACAAACCCAUUAUGUUGGUUCUGUCGUGAUGCGGCUCAAAUGAUUCAUGUGAAGCUAUCAGACCUAACUAAGUGAACCCAGCUAGCUCGUGGAACGUUGAUUGUUCUACUAUGGUGCCAGCUCCUACCUGAAAUAAUGCACAGAAUGGCGUGUAUCAUCCUCCAUGAGUAAAGCUGGAAAGUCGAUGUUCAGUCAAACCAUUACUGUGCCAAUGUAACUUAAAACACCCUGACAACAGAAAAGAUUGUCACUUUUGUCUCAACUUUGUGCAUUUAUAUUAAAAUUAAUAACAUAUUUAUUUUGAUAUCUGACCAAUGUAUGCUUUAUUCAACUUUAUAAAUUAUUUGUGUUUAUUUUCAGAAUUGUGUUGUAACAUAUGUAAGGGGCUAUUAACCAUUGAAAUUGUAUAUCUUUUUUUUGUGAAUAUUAAUUUGCAGUUUAGUAGGUCUGGUACAUGUUUUUUGCGGAAAAUAUGUCUAAUUAUUUUAAUGAGAAGCAAUGUUUUUCCUUUAUGCCACAAGACUAAUCGGUAGAUAGAUUAUCAAAAUGGAGCACAAAUUGAAUUAGAAUUAAAAUUAUAUUUGAUGAUUAUAUGAUAUUUAUGUAUGGUAAUUAAAUUUUGAUAUAUAUUAAAUAAAGCUCAGUAAAAUGAUAACCAAAUUAUUUUCUUACAUUAAAAUUUAUUAAGAAUAGAUCAGUAAGUUGCAAAAUAACUAUCUUAUCCAUGUAAAUGCGUCUUAUAAUACUUUGAUACUUUUAAAGUUAUUUUUGGAUAUUUUUUGCCCACUAUGUACAUAUUUGGUUCAUAGCCUCAAUAAUUUAUGUUUGCAAGUGUGCUUGAUUUCAUCUUUGUUUAGAUACUCUACUGAAAAAGUGACGUAGAUUCAAACUGUCUCAACUGUCACUGUCCGUGAAACCUUGAAAUUUUUCAGAAAAAUUGAUUCCAAAUUUGUGAUGUUAUUUUAUUGAUUUUUAGCUCGACUUUUCUAUGAAAAGGGGAGCUAUCCUACUCGCCCCGGCGUCGGCGUCGGCGUCACACCUUGGUUAAGUUUUUCGUACCACCCCACUUUAUUUCAGAAGUAUUACAAGUAUGGCUUUGAAACUUACCAUACUUGUUCACCAUCAUAACCUCCAUCUACAGACAAGAGUACAUAACUCUGUCAAGGUUUUUGACAGAAUUAUGGCCCUUUUUUGACUUAGAAAGUGUAUUGAGCUUGGUUAAGUUUUUUGUACCACCUCACUUUAUUUCAAAACCAUUGGAGGUAUUGCUUUGAAACUGACCAUACUUGUUUACCAUCACGACCUUCAUCAACAGACAAGAGGACAUAACUCUGUCAAGGUUUUUGACAGAAUUAUGCCCCUUUUUGACUUAGAAAAUACAUUGAAUAUGGGUAAAAUCCACUUAUUGCCUUAACCCUUUGAGAUAUUGCUUUGAAACUUUUAAUGCUAUUUCACAUCAUUACCCCCAUCUGUACGCAAGAGAAGGUAACUCUGUCAAGGAUUUGUUUUAAAAAUUAAGGCCUUUUAUCGACUUAGAAUCUUGGUUAAGUUUUUAGUACCAGUCCACUUUUUGACUGAACUGUUUGAGAUAUUAAUUUGAAAGUUGGAAUACUUGUUUACAAUCAUGAUUCCCAAACAUGUCCAGGAGAAGGUAAUUCUGUCAAAGAUUUUAUUUGAAUUAUGGCCCUUAACUGUCAAUGUUUUGUAUUAUAGGCAAGCAGUGUUCAAGGGUAUCACACAAUUCAGUAAAAUAAUUCUUCACUAAAUAUCUUAAUGCUCAUGGCCAUUGUUCACUUUAAAAAUACAGAGAUUCUUGUAUUGCCUUUUACUGCAAAAACUUUUUUUAUUGGCAAGCAAUAAAAAAGUCGAGCGCGCUGUCUUACGGACAGCUCUUGUUAAUCACUGUCAUAGGAUGAUAUUUGAUUUGUAUUCUUCCCCACCAUUCUUUUUCUCUUUCUUCACUCUUUUCUCACUUUUCAUGUUUUAACUUCAUAUACCUAUUUUCUCUAGUCGUACACUGUACAAUUUUUUUGCGAUUUUGCAUUUUAAAUCUAACUGUUACCACUAUAUAGAAACUUAUCUCUGUCUAGAUCUUUUUAAAAUCUCUGUAAGUGAUUUAGAAUUAAAUUGAAAUUAGUAGCCUAAUGAUGUUGUAGCCCCUUAUCUGUCUUUUUCUGUCUUACUUAGUCUUGGCCCUACAUGUAUUUUAGAAAUUUACGUCUUUGUAAACAACUGUAAAAUAACUGAUCUCAAUUCACAGCUGAUUUUGAAAUUGACCAAUCAAAAAGUUUCGUUAUCGGUAGCUUUUUAUUACCCUUCUUUUGAUUGGUUGCUUAGAUUUUGAAAUUUACCAAUCAUAUAGUUUUAUUAUUUGACUGGUUCUUUCUAUUUCUAACCUUUUCCUUAUUUACAUGUUUGAUGAUAAAAAUCUUCAACUUCUAUUUGAACAGCUUCACUGUAUAGAGUUUAAAUUUAUUUAUAGUUUUAGUUGGUCACUUAUGUAAUCAUUAUACUACAAAUGAGCCGUGUCACAACAAAACCAACAUAGUGCGUUUUGCGACCAGCAUGGAUCCAGACCAGCCUGCGCAGUCUGAUCAGGAUCCAUGCUGUUCGCUAUCAGUUUCUCUACUUGUAAUAGAGUUGGUUAGCGAACAGCAUGGAUCCUGAUCAGACUGCGCGGAUGCGCAGGCUGGUCUGGAUCCAUGCUGGUCGCAAACGCACUAUGUUGGUUUUGUCGUGACAGGGCUCAAAUGUUCAUAUCAGUUAGACAGAAUAUAGUGUUUUGUUUUUGUUUUUCUCUAAAUUGAAUGAAUGUAAACAUAAAAUUAAGCAGCAAAACUUAUUUUGCUAAAAUAAAAUAAUAUAAAUUAA